AUGCUCACAGCAGUAACAAAUGCAACGGGAAAUUCGGCUGGUGCUAAACUGAGGUGCUUGUACACGAAUGCCCAAAGCCUCCUAUCGAAACUAGACGAACUAAAACUUUGCCUUGUUGAGCUGUCUCCAGAUGUUUUAGCAGUAACUGAGACCUGGCUGUCCGGGACUAUUAGCGAUAACGAAGUAGCCUUGCCUGGAAACCAAAUUUAUCGGAGGGACAGGGAACAUCGUCAGGGUGGUGGUAUCGUUGUGUAUGUGAAUGACGGUCUGGCAGUGCCGGAUAACACCACCAAGUUUGUGUGCAGUACGGAAGCUAUCUGGUUGACGAUCAAGGCUACCGGUUCCCCGUGUCUCGAUGUCCUCACUGUCUACCGACCACCUCGAACAGACCGAAUCACCGACACUCAACUAUUGGAGCAGUUGGAGAAAUUUUCCAGUCGACCUAACAUCAUGAUCAUGGACGACUUCAACGCACCAGGAACAAACUGGAAUACCCUCCAAGCGUCAGGUCCAAAAUCGGCAUUCGAUUACCGCCUGUUGAGCAAGACAUUAAAUGCGUGCCUCACACAACAUGUAACGUCCCCAACGAGAACACGUGAAGGACAAAGGGCAAACUGCCUGGAUCUGGUCUUUACGAAAACACCAGACAGCAUAGACGAGAUCGCCUCCAUGCCGCCCCUUGGCCGAAGUGACCACGUAGUGCUUAUGUGGGAUUAUUCGUUAUUCUCCAUUUCACACACUCCAGGCCACAAAAGGCGUAAUGUUUGGCGGGGCGAUUUCAAUCGGAUGAGGGCAGACUUAUCCGGUCUUGACUGGGGCUCUUUGUUUACGGGAAGUGCCAACGAUGACUGGGAGCUGUUCAAGAAUGUCCUUCUGCAGCUCAUCAACAACCACUGCCCACUGACUAGUGUAAGACUGAACAAACGCCCUGGGUCGCUAAAUAGCAACCUGAAGAAAGAAAUCAACAGGAAGCACAAAUUGUGGAGAAAAUACUGCGUCACUAGACAAGCUGAAUGCUUCAACACCUACAAGACACAGAGGAACAAACUGAGGAAGCUGAUAAUUCAGACGCGGCGGGAAUUCGAGAAAAACUUGCUACAAAAAGCAACGCAGAACCCAAAAUUGCUCUACAGCUACCUCCGACGAAGUACAAGGAACAGGCAUCAAAUCCUCUUGAUAAAGACUACUGAUGGCGUUGAGAUCGCUGAUAGUAGGGAUAAAGCUGCGUAUUUUUCACGGUUUUUCCAAUCAGUCUAUACAAACGAGGCAAGGUUCCUUCCUCCCUCCACAGAAGAACUGCCGACUCCAAGCGUCAGUGAUAUACUCUUCUCAGAAGGCAUUGUCCGAAGAGAAUUAGAGGCAUUGAACGAAUCGAAGUCGCCAGGACCAGACGAGAUUCCAUCCAAGCUUCUGGGGGAACUUGCCCAUGAGCUCUCUGUGCCUUUGGCGAUGCUCUUUCAAACGUCAUUUGACACUGGAACACUUCCUGUCGAUUGGAAGCUGGCGCAUUUUACUCCGCUACACAAAGGAGGUAACAGGGCAGCGACGACAAAUUACCGGCCCAUAAGCUUGACAUGCAUUCUCUGCAAAGUUAUGGAAAGGAUCAUCAAGUGUGAACUAAUGCAAUUCCUGGAAGUUCACGGCCUGCUAUCGAAAUGCCAACAUGGGUUCCGAAAAGGAAGAUCCUGCACGACAAACCUGCUGCAAUCUCUCCAGAGCUGGACCCAAGCUCUCGACGACAGGCACGCGGUCCACAUAGCCUUCAUCGACUUCCAGAAGGCUUUCGACACUGUGCCACACCAAAGGCUCUUACAUAAGCUGAAAAAAAUAGGGAUCGGUGGCAACUUCCUUAAAUGGAUCGAAAACUUCCUUGUGGGUCGACACCAGGUUGUGUGCGUCGGUCGGGGAAAAUCAGAUCCGGCUAUGGUCGAAAGUGGUGUCCCCAGGGUUCAGUACUGGGACCCAUUUUGUUCCUUAUCUACGUGGACGAUGCCGCAAGAGAUUUAGACUGUGAAGUAGCAAUGUUUGCGGACGACAUGAAGAUAUGGAGUGUAAUUCGUGGUCCUGCCGAUGAAGACAGACUGCAGAUGAACCUGAAUCGGUUGGAGGAGUGGUCAAACCGUUGGCUCCCGAGGUUCAAUGUUGCCAAAUGUAGCAUACUUCGCCUAGGCAACACAGCCAGAUCCGCCAGCACAAGAGGCUACUUUCUGGGCGGUGCAGCCCUACAAGAGGUCGAAGCCCAAAAGGACCUCGGUGUGCUUACGACGAGUUCCCUAAAACCAUCCGCCCACUGUUCGAGGGUGGCAAAAACCGCAAUGUCCGUACUGUACGCCAUCAAGCGUGCGUUUAUGGACUUUGACAAAGAAGCCUUCUCUAAGACAUUCGGAACAUUCGUCCGGCCGCAUUUAGAGUACGGCAUACAAGCUUGGAGGCCGUGGGGUGUUGUGGAUCAAAACUGCCUCGAAAGAGUCCAGAGGAGAGCCACGAAGAUGGUCAGGGGUCAAAGCUCCUUUACUUAUGCGACCCGCCUAGUAAAUCUGAACCUCUUUCCUUUGAGUUACAGGCAACUUCGCGGAGAUCUCUUGCAAGCCUUCCGCAUUGUAAAGGGGUUGGAUUGCAGUCUGGCCUUCGAGGACUUUUUUGAAUUUGCUACCACGACCAACCUCCGAGGUCACCCGUUAAAACUGCGCACUCAGCAGGCACGGCUGGAUGUGCGGAAGUUCUCCUUCUCGGUUCGGGUGGUCAAACCGUGGAAUGAGCUUCCCGCAGAUGUUGUGAUGUCACCAUCUUUACAAAGUUUUAAGAAGAAUCUGGACAUAUUUAUGUUCCGAAAUGACCAAGAGCGAUGAGAAGUCGAGCUCACCCCCUGUAACUCCUUCUCAUUUUGUCCCACCAUUAUGGGCGUGUUCGAACUAUUUCAGCCCAGAACAUCUAUCUGUACGACACACAUCUUUUACGUUGCAAAUAGGGUACUCAAAGGCUUACGCCUAUUUCCCUCAAUAAACUGAACUGAACUGAACUGAACUGAAAGUAAUCGAUCGCAUCUGGGUUUCUAUCGCCUCGAAACUAGUUUUCAAUUCGCCACUUAUUUGCCUCAUUCAAGGCCACAUACAGGCCAGUCCCGCCUUACCCGCCUACUUACCCCUUCAUGAAAUCCAUUAUGCAAUGCCAUAUACAGCGACGAAUUUUAACGGUUCAUGAUGUCAUCUCCCGCAUUUCGACCUCAUGCGGUCUGUCGGCGCUCACGGCGGAACCCUCAGUAUUCGCCGUCUACUAGUAGUUUGUUCGUACCUCCCUUCCCCACUCCUCGGCUGGGCUCGAAGUGUACUGUGGCCGAUCGCAUCUGUGUUCCUCUCGUCUGGCCUUUUUUACGCGAAUAGUCUCAUCUGGCAUAUCAGUCCUGCCCCGACGAUGUCAAUAGUGAAUCCCGUAUACAAUAGCACAUGCAUGCCAGUCCUGUCCGGCCCGCAUACGUACCUCUCAAGGCUGACAUUUAUCCCUGCCCAGACGAUGUUCGAUUUUAAUCAAGGCUGACAUUUAUUUCUGCUUUGGCGAUGUUCGAUUGUAAUCCGUUAUAUACCGCCACACACAGGCCAGCACUGCCCGCAUUGUUCUGUUAUUACUUUUUAGCGAGCGGUUUUUUUCUCCUCUAGAAUUAAUCCAAUCAUUUUUAAAUUUUUAUGUGGAGUUUGUUUUCACCUCUCGCUAAUUAUUUUUCUUAACGGACUACUAAUUCAGAAACUAUGGAUUGCAUGUUGUACAGUUUUGUCUACCUCGUCUAAAAUUUGCAUGUAAAUUUAUUGUUACUUGCUUUACUGGGUCCUCGACGGGUCUAUAAAAAAUUACUAUUAUUUUCACUGCUGGUCGGAUUUGUGUUUAAUCGCUUCCCUUGACAAUGCCUGUAAACUGGCAUUAAAUAAAAAUUUAUUUAUUUAUUUAUUUAUUAUUAAGUAGCCGAUACUCUUCCCAAUGUUGAAGCAAUAACAUAAAAGUGGCUGUCAGAGGACGUAGGUGAUUGCGAGGUAGCACAAACAGGAUACCAAUUGUUUAGGAGAGAUAGGAGAGGCCGCCGGGGUGGAGGAGUCGCCAUGUAUGUAAAGAGCAACGACAAGAUUUCUGACGAUACAGAGGCAAUUUGGCUGACUAUAAAGGCACGGGGGUCUCAGUCCCUCGAAGACGUAACUAUCUACCGGCCCCCUCAGGCGGAUCGCGACCCAGAUAAUCGUCUAUUUAAAAAGCAUAAAAGAGAUCGCUGGUCGACCAGACGUUGUUCUCAUGGGGGAUUUUAAUGCACCCUGCAUUCAAUAGAGCGAUAUGCAUGCGAAGUUCUCGAAGAAUGCCAUCGAUUUUUCAUCUUUUCCAGCUCUUCGUCCAGACAAUUAUGGCAAGACUCCUGGAAAACACGAAGGAAAUGUGCGACCGCCCCUUUGCAGCUGGCCAGAUAGACUGAAAACCACCAAUUAGAAAACACCCAAAUUUAACCAACUAGAAAAUAAUUUCAAGGUCAUGCCGAUAGCAAAGUUCUUCAAUUUCCAUAAGGACUUAUAAUUCAUGCCCCCAGAAACUACCAAAAUGCACUCUUCAAUUUUUAUAUUGUACAUAUCGUUCCUUUUUAAAAACUUUUGUUAUUAUUUCGCCUUAGAACUCAGGUUUUUUAACUUAAAACAAACUCUCAAUUCGCGCUCUUUUGGCUAAGCACCCAAAACCAAUGAAGUCAAAGGGCAGUCGAAAUGGCUGAGUUCGUUUUAGGUUUUUUUCCUGAGUUCAUAGGAGACUGACAGUGCCCAAGGGGCGCUAUAAUAAACCUAUUCUAUUCUACUACCGUCUUCUAAAGACAACCCUAGAAGCUCUUCUCAGGCAACCUGUUUUAUUUCUAAAUACAGCACGCGGAGGGCAACAGGCAAGUUGUCUGGACCUCGUCUUCACCAAAGAUCCUGACAGUGUAGGCGAGGUGUACUACCGACCCGUCCCCCGUACCCCCUGGUCGAAGUCAUCAUGCAGUACUUUUAUGGGAAUACAAGCUGUAUUCUGAACCGAAUACAAAAGACGAUACGAGGCCGAAAAUAUGGAAAGGGAACUUUUUCCAAGUAAGAGCUGAUUCAUUACAAAUAGACUAGGAUAUUUUCUUCUCGGAAACGUUAGCGAGGACUGGAAUUUAUUCAAGGAUCGGUUGUUGCAUCUGAUAAGAGCCACUGUCCCUUAUCAAAGCCUAGGACAUCCAACCGCGGUUUUUGAUGUCAUCUCCCGCAUUCCGACCUCAUGCGGUCUGUCGACGCUCACGGUGGAACCCUCAGUAUUCACUGUCUUCUAGUAGUUCGGUCGUACCUCCCUUCCUCACUGCUCGGCUGAGCUCGAAGCGUGCUGUGGCCGAUCGCAUCUCGGUUCCUCUCGUCUGGCCUCUUUGACGCGGCGUACCAAUCCGGCCCAGACGAUCUCAAUUGUGAAUCCCGUAUACAAUGCCAUUUGCAAGCCAGUCCUGUCUGACCCACAUUCGUACCCAACAAGGCGGACAUUUAUUGAUACCCUGACGAUGACCGAAAACAUUCCGUUAUAUACCGCCAUCUACAGGCCAGUCCUGCUCGCUUUUUUUCUGUUAUUAUUUUUAAAGAGGGGUUUUUUCUCCUGUAAAAUUAAUCCAAUCAUUUUUAACUUUUUCUUAGGAGUUUUUUUCACCCCUCAAUCUUCAUGUUUCUCAAUGGACUUCUAAGUCAGAAACUAUGAAUUGCAUUUUGUAAAGAUUCAGCCUACCUCGUCUAAAACUCGUAUGCAAAUUUAUUUUAACUUGCUUUGAUGGGACCCCGACGGGUCUUUAAUAAAAAUUAUCUAUCUAUCUAUCUAUCUAUCUAGUGGCUAACACGGGAAAUCAGAAAGGAGAUCAACAAGAAAGGAAUAUCGUGGAAGAAAUUUCGCGAAAACAACAAAAUUGCAACGUUUACAGAAUAUAAGGUUCAAAAAAAUAAGGUGAAAAGCUUGAUGUUCAGGAGGCGACGGGACAUAUUAUUCAUGCCCCCGAAAACUACCAAACUGCAAACCUCAAUUUUUAUAUUGUACAUAUCGUUAUUUUUUGAACAUUUUGUUAUCAUUUUCCCUUAGCACUGAGGUUUUUUUUAACUAAAGACAAACUCUCAAUUCGCGCUCUUUUGGCUAACCAGACACCCGAAACAAAUGAAGUCAAAGUGCAGUUGAAAUUGACGAGUUUGUUUUAGGUUUUUUUCCUGAGUUCAAAGGGGACUGACAGUGCCCAAGGGGCGCUACAAUAAACCUAUUCUAUUCUAUUUCGAGAGUAAUUUGCUUCAUCGAGCCGUUCAAAAUCCGAAAUUGAUCUACAGCUAUUUGCGGAAGAGCACACGUAACAGGAAUUCCAUUCCUGUCUUGAGGAAUGAUGACGGUUUGGAGAUAUCGGACAGUACAGAUAAAGCUGAGCAUUUUUCUCAAUUUUUCCAAUCCGCUUCGACAACAGAAGCAGACUUUAUUCCAACUAAUUCCGAAAACAUGGGAGAUCCCACUAUCGAAGAUAUCGUGUUUCGAGAAGAAACGAUUUUGGAAGAACUAAAAAGCAUGAAGGAGUUUAAAUCUCCCGGUCCGGACGAGAUCCCGGCAAAGUUGCUUUUCGAGCUUGCCCGAGAGCUGGCCAAACCACUAUCCUUUCUGUGCCAGGAAUCGUUUAAUGCUGGAAUCCUUCCCACAGACUGUAAGACGGCGCACAUUACACCACUUCACAAAAGCGGUAGUCGUGCUCUUGCAACAAACUACAGACCCGUCAGUCUGACAUCAAUCUGCUGCAAAGUGAUGGAGAAAACCAUAAAAAAAGGACUUGAUGGCUUAUCUGGAAAGCCACAACCUCUUGCCCAAUGCACAACAUGGUUUCCGUAGGGGAAGAUCAUGUAUAACGAACUUGCUAUAUACAAUGCAAAGUUGGGCAAGAGCACUGGACGCAAAACACACUGUGCAUGUAGCCUAUAUUGAUUUCCGGAAGGCGUUCGACAGUGUUCCGCAUCAGCGUCUCCUACACAAGUUGAGAAUAAUGGGCAUCGGCGGCCAACUUCUCAAAUGGAUCGAGAAUUUCCUUGUCGGCCGCUCCCAAAUUGUCUGCGUCAAAAGACAGCAAUCAAGGCGCACAUUCAUAGAGAGUGGAGUCCCACAAGGCUCAGUGCUCGGACCAACCCUCUUUCUCUUGUUCAUCAACGGUUGUGUAGAUGGGUUGGACUGUGAUUGUGCCAUGUUUGCAGAUGACAUAAAAAUCUGGAAUGUCAUCUAGAAUGCUGCCGAUGAGACCGACUUCAAAGAAAAUCUUUGUCGAUUGAACGAGUGGUCCCGCGGAUGGCUCUUGUCCGUCAAUUUGAACAAAUGUACCAUACUGCGCCUCGGAAAUCAGACCCGUAGUACGCGGCAAUACCAUCUGAACGGAAUACCACUUCGAGAUGCAGAAACGCAAAAAGAUCUCUGAGUCUAUGUUGUAGACAGCCUAAAGCCUUCUACACAAUGUUUUGAGGCGGCCAAUGCCGCAACUUUAAUGCUAUAUGCCAUCAAGCGGGCACUCGCAGUUUUCGAUUAAGACUGCUUCUCCAAAGUCUUCGGCACGUUUGUAAUGUCGCACCUCGAAUAUGCAAUUCAGGCCUGGAGACCGUGGACGCAGCAGGAUUACAAUAUGCUUGAAAGGGUGCAGAGGCGAGCAACAAAAUUAAUAAGAGUUCAGAGUGCACUGCCAUACGAGAUCCGCUUAACUAACCUUAAUCUGUAUUCUCUGAUUUAUAGGCGGUUGCGCGGAGACUUGAUACAAACUUUACGUAUCGUGCGUGGCUUGGACUGCGCCCUUCGGUGCGAUGACUUUUUCCAACUCGCCAUAACAACUUACCUCCGGGGACAUCCCUUCAAGCUACGUGUGCCCCAGGGUAGAUUCAAUGUGAGGAAGUAUUUAUUCUCCAACCGUGUUGUGGAACCGAGACAUUUGUCAUGUCUCAAUCUGUGGAAACAUUUAAAUGUCGGCUUGACAGACAUAUGCUGCAGCAACAAGCGGACUAUUUGACUUUUUAGCCAUGAUACCAGUGACAUAUGUGAAUCAAUGUCUUCAUUCAAUUAAUGCUGUAAUUUCUUCACAUUUUGAUUAUUUAUCGAUUUUUAUGUACAAAUAGGGAGUUCAAAGGCGUAAGCCUAUUGCCCUCAAAUACACGGAGUGACUGACUGACCCCUUACCCUACCCCAACCCCUAAGCAAGAGAAUUCGGAGGUUGGAAGGAAACGACAAACGUCAAGUAAACGUAAUUACACCUACUCAAAGUAAGUCAUUAGGUCAACAUUAUUAUUCUCCGUGUACAUGACUGCACAAUAAGACCUUACCAAAAGUUUCAUUAGUCUUUAAAAAUCGAUUAUCUCUGGUUUGCCUUCGCUGAGGCGCGGGAAGAUUCGCUGGAACACAUUUGAGGGUACUCUGGCAGUUUAAAACGAGCGUACUCGCAGCUACAAAGCCAAGGCCACAAGGAGCGGGAACGAAAGAGGAAUAAGGCACCUCCUCGCACAUUUCUUGGGUGGUGUGGCCAUAUAUGGGUGUCGUAUCGAAUGCCAACCCGUAGCCACGCCAGGGGGCAACGUCUGACCCUGUCAUAGCUCCGUCUGGCGCAGCGGCAAGGCAAGAUCCCACGAGGCCGGUGCCGGUCGGUUACGGGAAGGACAAUGGGGUCAUUUUAUCGUUAACUUUUGGUUAAGAGUACGGUCAAACGUAAGGCUUAGGAUUAGUUUUACAGUUAAAUCCAAGUUUGGGGUUAUCACUGAAUGAUAUUUAUUGUUGGAGAUCGGUUCAGUCCAGUUUAUUUUAGUUUAUUGAGCGGACAUAAAUAUGUCUAGGCCUCUGUUAAAGCUCUCUAUCGAUGGCGACAUCGAAACAUUUACGGGCACGGCAUUCUAUGGUUUGAUCACCCUCACAGAGAAGGAAAACUUCCGGACACCCAGUCUUGCCCGCUGAAUGCGAAGUUUAUAGUAAUGACCUUGAAGGUUGGUCGUGCUAGUGAAUUUAGAAAAUUCCCGAAAGACCGGGCUGCCGUCCAAUCCCUUCACAAGGCUGAAUGCCUACAAGAGAUCCCCGCGCAGUUGCCUAUAACUCAAAGCAAGGAGGUUCAGAUUUCUUUGACUGGUUGCAUAAAGGAAUGAGCUCCCACCCCUAGCAACUUUCUUGACCUUCCUUUGCACUUUUCCAUGAAUAUGUUGCUCUUAAACCACCCAUGGUCUCCAGCCUUACGUGCCGUUGUGGCGGACAGAUAUGGAGGAGUUUGGCUCUUUUGUCUUUUUAGAUGAUAGCUGCCGAUAGCAUAGUUUUGCGUAAGCAUGUUUUCCUUUCCUCUUUCCAGUCAAGGCGCGUGAAGAAUCUGAUUCCACCUCCUCGGCAGCAGCCCUAACCUCACCCUCUCUGGACAGCCGUGCGGACAAUGACGUGUUGAUCCAACUGAUUCCCCUUAUUCUGCAUGUGUGAGAGUGACUCUAGCUCUCGCAACAAGCACCUGUCAUUCGGUUUAGGAUCAGGUUUGGGUUUAAAGUUUUGUACAGAGUUUGGGUUGCGAAUACAUUUAGUAUUGGUGUCAGAUGCAGGGUUAGGUGAAGGCUGAUGGUUAAGCUUGCCUGUAGGCUUAGGAAUGGUGUUAGGGUUUGCUUUACGGUAAGGUUUAAGGUUUACUUUAUAUUAGGUCUACAGCCAGGUUUUGGUUGGAGAUGUGUUAUAGAGUUAGGGUUGGGAUUGGCUUUAGUUUUUGGGGUUUGGUGCAAUGUCGGCUUUACGAUCAUGCUUAGAAUAAGGUUUGGAGUUAACGUCUGACUUGCGGCUAGGGGGUGAAUGAGGCCAUUGUUCAACUGCCUCACUCAAGAGCAUUGCACGCACAGCAUAAUAGAAAGCGCAGAAACUAUGAUUUAGAAACCGUGGACUGGGCAUAAUGUCCACACUGCUUGCAUUCCGACUUGCAUAUUAGAUAAACGAAAAUUUUUGUUUAAUCUCAUAUCCCAUGUUUGUUCGUCGCACACUAAAAAAUCACUGCAGCGACGCCCGCCCAGCGCGGUCUGAAUCGCUUAUUGGUUCCCUUUCUGUCAGGGCCGCCGGGUUUCUCUGUUACGUCCUUGAUCCUACUGAGGGCUAAACCAGAAGACGAAUGAAGGCGGUUUGUGAAAAAAUAAUGGGACCUGCGCACAGUCCUUGCUAAUGACCUUAUGUACAUACGUAGAGUCGCAGGAGUUCUAGCUCGACAGCAAAGGCAGCAAACAAAAGAAAGCCGGAAUUGGGGAGGCGUAUCUCAUUCCCUGGUUAAUUUUCAGGCGUAUUUGUGGUAUCUCAGGCGUCGAGUCACUUCAAAGACUCAGCGUUGUAAUUGGUUGGAAUGUAGCGGCCGAGGACGUCGAUAAUAGCACACACCGGGGUAGAGGAGCACUGGGAAGAGAUCCUGGCUAAGAUGGAUCUGAAUAGAGCUGUCGUUAUGUAGCAAUACUCACCAAUACGAAAGGGGAGAAGAAAAGUUAGGUAGGCAGAGAGGCAUAGUGGGAAGUGACGGAAACGGGGAACACAUACGAUAGUAGUUAAUUUUUCAAACGGGACGACUUACAACAAGGGAGAAACCCGUCUGGAUGAUGAGGCGCCACUGAUAUGCCCGCUUAAUAACCGGGGGGAAACGCAGUGCUGUGGGCAGCUGUAGGAGACGCUGGAGGGAGGUACCACCGAAGAGAGAGAUAAAGAGAGAGAGAGCGUGCGGUACGAGUGUUACGGUAAGUUACGGGAAGAGGAUCGGCGAUAGAGCGUGAAGGAUACCGACCGUUUUCACCGACACGCAGUUACACCAUCACUAUCCUAUGUCUGCGCCCCAAAAUGUCUCUUCAUUAAAACAACCUUACGUAGAUCAUGGACGCUUCGGUUUCAUGCAGCGGUUCGAAAGGGUGUGGGCUCGAAUCCCACCGCUGCCACAAAUGUAGGUUCCGAACGGGGUAAGGCAUUACGAUACUUAUCUUCACUAGAGAUUGGGAAAGUCGACUGAGUUUCGCCACGGGUGUUGCCAGUGUAUCCUCUCCUAAAAGGCGGGUUUGUUCGUAACAUAAGUCAGCGGGGGAUCUGUGGGGAUCGGACAUGACGAAUCAGGGCAAAAUAAUAAUCAUGGAAAUAUUUAUCGUCGAACAUAUGAAAGGAGUACAACAUGUUAUCGAUCCCGAAACAGAAUAGAGAGCGUGACGAUAGGCACUAUAGAGAUACACAAAAAGGCACGAGAAAACCAGUACUAAGCUAAACUACGAUAAUAAGCUAGAAAAAAGUGUACCAAGUGGUAUUAAAAACGAGAGGUUCGAUGGAUAUUAAAUGGUCAUAUGGAUGACGGAACCUAAGGAGCGUGCGGCAAAGUCGUUACCGUCCUGCACGGGGGACGCGUAGUUCUGAAAAUGGGCCGAAGAGAAAAACGCUGUUUAAAACAACUGUCUAUUGCAGGGAGGCAUUGUAAAUAGUAGAAUCGAACAAACUUGUAUCUUCAGCUUUCCAAUUAAUUUGUAUUUAUAGCAUGUUUUUGUGUGAAGUAAUUCAAUAAGAAACCCAAAUUAUAACAAACAAGGCACUACGUUUUAACUCACCAAUGUGCAUAGUCAAUGUUGGUCUCGCAAACACCAGCCGUAUAAAUAUUAAUCACGAUCCCACGUCCCCCCCCCCCCUUAGGUCUAGUGGUGCGUAGGUUAUAGUUCGUUACGUCUCUAUCGCACUCGGGCCACCCGUGCUUUGCAAGUCUGUACGAUGGAGGAGGGUGACGGGAUCCCACAGUCUUUUGAGUUUUUAUUGUACGAAUCCAUUAAGUACUUCUCCAAACAAACAGAAAAUGUAAGAAAUGAGUUUUUAAUUGUAGCUUUUCGAUGGGCAUGUUACCUGCGCGCGUCUGAUUGAAAAUUUGGCGUAUCGAGUGAGCCAGCAGCUAAUAGAAAAGUCUUGCUCCUUUUAAUCACUAUUGUUGUUAGAAUGACUAAAAACCUUGCGAAAUUUCAAUCAGAAUUGGACAUAGUCAAGUACAUUUGUAAAGACUUUUGGACCUACAUAUUUCGAAAGCCGAUCUCUUCCCUAAAAACGAACAAUCAAGUAGACCGUCCCAUAGUGGAGACAUCUUUUAGGAGUUGUAUGUUUUAACCGACUCCGCAUUCUUCUUUCUAAAUCGCGUGGACCCAAGUCUGCAGUAUAGUCCUCUAGUCGAAAUGGUAAUUAUUCGUCGACUCUGACUCAUGCGGUUUUAGCUCCUAGCCUUCCCAUGCGGACUUCUUCGUGGGGCUUUAACGGCUUUGGGUGUCAAAUGUAUCGUGAAGGCGGAAAUACCGCAAUUACCGAUCUGUGAGUUCCAAGUUUCACGCCGAACAUCGUAGGUCAAUUUAACAUCUCUGUCCUCCCAAGGCUUAAAUCUGCAGAAGGCUGA